AUGGAAAGCGUCUCGUCUACUGGUAAUCACGCGCUCGUGUUUGGCGCCUCCGGCAUAUCGGGGUGGGCAAUAGUCGAUGCCAUUUUGAAAAACUAUCCCGAGAGGGAGUCAUUCGGCCGGGUGACUGCUCUUACCAAUCGUCCUCUGCCCCUUCAGGUCGCACAAUGGCCAGCAUCCGAGAAGCUGGACAUUGUGUCUGGGCUCGAUCUCUUACGAAGCAACAGCCAGGCGGAGUUGGAGGCUGAAAUGAAGGAUCGUAUCACUGGCAUCGAAGAUGUCUCAAUUAUUUAUUUCUUCGCAUACGUGAUGGAUACGGAACCCGACAAAGAGAUUGAAAUUAACAACAAGUUGUUGAAAAGGGCCGUCACAGCCGUCGAGAAGUUAAGCAAGAAGUUAAAUGCAGGCAUACGGGGUCCAUCUUAUCGAUCAAUUUCCCUGGAAAGACAGUCUGCCUCUCAGGAAUCGCUUCCUCGCAUCCCUGAACCGUUCGCCUCGCAGAUCUUCUACUACAAUCAGCUCGACCAGUUGCGAUCCCUUUCCGCGGGAAAGCUGUGGAAAUUCUGUAACGUUAUCCCGGACGUGGUCGUGGGCUUUGUCCCCAACAACAACGUGUACUGUCUAGCUCAGUGGCUCGCCUUGUACCUCACUCUUUAUCGGGAGAUCUACGGCAAGGGUAGCUACGUGGUCUUUCCGGGGACGUUGAAAAGCUGGGUCAUCAAGAGCAACGACACCAGUCAGCAUGUCCUCGCUCGAUUCGCAAUAUAUGCAAGCCUUCACCCGCAAGUUAGCUCUGGUGAGAGUUUCAACGUUGCCGACGCUGCGCAGCCUUCUAAUUGGUCAACCAAAUGGCCUAUAAUUUGUGAAUACUUCGGGCUCAAUGGAGUGGCACCAACUGAAGCUUCUGGGCCAGACCCUGCCGAAUUCCUCACCAGCAACAGGGAAAGGUGGCUGGGGAUUGAGAAGAAGUAUAAUCUGCGGACGGGCCGUGUGGGAAGUGACAAGAGCUUUGGUGGAUAUACUCAUUUCAUUAUGUCAAUGUUCAAUUUUGAUCGUCAGUUGGACUUGAGCAAAACUCACCGGGCCUGGGGCUCCGCAACGGAGGAGCUGGGAAUCAAGGAGACUUGGUACACUGCAUUUGACAAGUUUCGAAGUGCAGGGAUCAUCCCGUAG